AUGUGGCAUGCUUGGGCAAACGGAAGAGAGCCGCCAAGUGCAAUCCUGGGAUUCCCCGAACUUUUUCCUAGAUCAGGGGGUACCUCCAAUGUUCCAAUCAGUCACCCAAACACCCCACUAGGACAACCAACUAUAUCCGCUCAUUUCGUGGGAACACCUUCUGAGGUUCACCCCAAGGUGUUCAUGUCCGGUGCAGCCUCAAAUAUCUUUACCGCUCCCCCAUGCUCGGCCACGGCACAGCCUACACUGCCUAGGCCCACUUUUGACCCUUCAGCUUUCACAUUCCAAGCACCCACCUUCCAAAUGGAGCCUCCUCAGUUUCCCACUUAUACUUAUCCUCAGCCGCCUCAAUUUGAGUUCAUUGCGGGACAAGAAAAGACUACCAAAUCUCCCGAGCAGGAAGAGAUUACAAGGAGGAUGAGGAGCAUGGAGCAGAGCCUCAAAAACAUACAAGGUCUGAGUGGGCAGAAAAGUGUGUCCUAUGCUGAUUUAUGCAUGUUCCCUCAUGUGCACUUACCAUUGGGAUUCAAAACCCCAAAAUUUGAAAAAUACGAUGGGCACGGUGAUCCUAUUUCUCAUCUCAAGAAAUAUUGCAAUCAGUUGCGAGGAGCCGGAGGAAGGGAAGAACUACUCAUGGCCUAUUUCGGAGAAAGUCUGGUUGGCAUUGCCUCUGAGUGGUACAUGGAUCAAGAUAUAUCUCGCUGGCACAUCUGGGAUGACCUUGCUAGAGACUUUGUCAGGCAAUUCCAGUACAAUAUCGACAUUGCUCCAGAUAGAAACUCAUUGACAAACUUGAAAAAGAAAUCCUCGGAGAGCUUCCAGGAGUACGCAGUUAAAUGGCGUGAGGCAUCUAGAGUAAAGCCUCCAAUGGACGAGGUCAAAAUGGUCACAGUGUUCCUCCAAGCUCAGGAAGCCGACUACUUCCAAAAUAUGAUGUCUGCUAUGGGUAAACCGUUCGCUGAAGCCAUCAAAAUUGGUGAAAUGGUUGAAAACGGAUUGAAGACGGGUCGAAUUCUAAGCCAAUUCGCUAUCAGAGCUACCUCCCAAGCCAUUCAGGGUGGGUCUAGAGGAGUAGCGAAGGGCAAGAAAAAGGAAGAAACAUCCAUGGCAGCGUCGGGUGCAAGAAAACACUGCACUCCCAGAUCCUUUUUCCCAGAAAGAACCCCGCAGCACUAUUACCCCCACCAGGACAUGGCCUAUGCUUCUCAGCCAUAUGCGCCAGUUCCUCAAACAAGGCAAAAUCCAGCAUCACCCGCUUACAGAGCUGGUGCCCGAUGUGCCUAUCAUUCAGGGGCAGAAGGGCACGACACGGAUGAUUGCUGGACUUUGAAGAGAGCAGUGGAGAACUUGAUAGAACAGAGGAAGAUAGUGCUAAGGGAUGAUGAUGUCCCCAAUGUGACCAAUAACCCACUGCCAGCCCACAACAACGAGCCGAUAAUCUGA